CGGCGGGAGCGCGAGCGGGCGGCGGCACGGAGGCGCUGAGGCACCGAGGCGCGGAGGCGGGGGCCGACGGGGCUGUGCGCGGGACGCCGCGGAGAGGUGCAUAGGUUCUGUGUGGAACCCCGAGGACCCUACUGCCCUGUCGGGCCGCCCGCCACACGCUCUGCUCCGGCACCAGCGGCUGCGCGGCGGCCCCCGUCCCGUCGCCUUCCUUCCCACUCCACCGCCCGCAGCCUUCCUCCACCCCGCAGCGCGGCCGGCCCGGGCCGGCCGUGGCCCACGUCGGUGCGGGCCGCCAUGGCAGAGGCGCCCGGCGCGGGGGAAAUUUAGUCCGGGGAUUUCAUGCGGCCUAGCUUGGUUCCGUCUCCUACCCCGUCGGCCCCGGCAGCUGCCCGCACCCUCGCCUGACUCCGGGCCUCCGUGUCUCUCCUGUGAUCGCACUGACACGGCCGGGGGUUAGAAUGGAACAAACUGAAGGCCCGGUGAGAGAAAGGGAAAGUUAAGGAUGCUGGAGCAGAACAAUGGAUUUCUCUUUCUCUUUCAUGCAAGGGAUCAUGGGAAACACAAUUCAGCAACCACCUCAACUCAUUGACUCCGCCAACAUCCGUCAGGAGGAUGCCUUUGACAACAACAGUGACAUUGUUGAAGAUGGUGGCCAGACACCGUAUGAAACUACCUUGCAACAAGGCUUUCAGUACCCACCUACAACAGAAGACCUUCCUCCACUCACAAAUGGCUACCCACCAUCGAUCAGCAUGUAUGAUACUCAAACCAAAUACCAAUCAUAUAAUCAGUAUCCCAAUGGGUCAGCCAAUGGCUUUGGUGCAGUUAGAAACUUUAGUCCCACUGACUAUUACCAUUCAGAAAUUCCAAACACAAGGCCACAUGAAAUUCUGGAAAAACCUUCCCCUCCACAGCCACCACCCCCUCCUUCGGUACCACAAACUGUGAUUCCAAAGAAGACUGGCUCACCUGAAAUUAAACUAAAAAUAACCAAAACUAUCCAGAAUGGCAGGGAAUUGUUUGAGUCUUCUCUUUGUGGAGACCUUUUAAAUGAAGUACAGGCAAGUGAGCACACAAAGUCAAAGCAUGAAAGCAGAAAAGAAAAGAGGAAAAAAAGCAACAAGCAUGACUCAGCCAGAUCUGAAGAGCGCAAGGCUCACAAAAUUCCCAAAUUAGAACCAGAGGAACAAAAUAGACCAAAUGAGAGGCUGGACCCAACACCAGAAAAACCAAGAGAAGAGCCCGUAAUCAAAGAGACUGCCCCGGUUCAGCCAGUACUGUCUUCUGUUUCGACAACAGAAGUGUCCACUGGUAUUAAGUUCCAGGUUGGUGAUCUUGUUUGGUCCAAGGUGGGAACCUAUCCUUGGUGGCCUUGUAUGGUUUCAAGUGAUCCCCAGCUUGAAGUUCAUACCAAAAUUAACACAAGAGGUGCCCGGGAAUACCAUGUCCAGUUUUUUAGCAACCAGCCAGAGAGGGCGUGGGUUCAUGAAAAGCGUGUACGGGAGUAUAAAGGUCAUAAACAGUAUGAAGAAUUGCUGGCUGAGGCAACCAAGCAAGCCAGCAAUCACUCUGAAAAACAAAAGAUUCGGAAACCCCGACCUCAAAGAGAACGUGCUCAGUGGGAUAUUGGCAUUGCCCAUGCAGAGAAAGCAUUGAAAAUGACUCGAGAAGAAAGAAUAGAACAGUACACCUUCAUCUAUAUUGAUAAACAGCCUGAAGAGACUUUAUCCCAAGCAAAAAAGAAUGUUACCUCCAAGACUGAUGUUAAAAAACCCCGAAGACCAAGAUCUGUGCUGAAUUCUCAACCAGAACAGACCAGUGCAGGGGAGUUGGCCUCCUCACAGUCAAGUACUGAAAUUCGGAGACAGAGCCAGAGACGGCAAACAAGCACGGAAGAGGAAGAACCACCUCCUGUUAAAAUUGCCUGGAAGACAGCAGCCGCAAGGAAAUCUUUACCAGCUUCCAUUACCAUGCACAAAGGGGGCCUGGAUCUGCAGAAGUGCAACAUGUCUCCUGUUGUAAAAAUUGAACAAGUAUUUGCCCUUCAGAACGCAACAGGAGAUGGAAAAUUUAUUGAUCAAUUCGUUUAUUCAACAAAGGGAAUUGGUAACAAAACAGAAAUAAGUGUCAGGGGGCAAGACAGACUUAUAAUCUCUUCACCAAAUCAGAAAAAUGAAAAGCCAACUCAGAAUAUAUCAUCUCCUGAAGCAACAUCUGGUCCUACAGGCUCAGUAGAAAAGAAACAACAGAGAAGAUCAAUUAGGACUCGAUCUGAAUCAGAGAAAUCCACUGAGGUUGUGCCAAAGAAGAAGAUCAAAAAGGAGCAGGUUGAAACAGUUCCUCAGGCUACAGUGAAGACUGGAUUACAAAAAGGUGCCAGCGAGAUUUCAGAUUCCUGUAAACCUCUAAAGAAAAGAAGUCGAGCCUCAACAGAUGUAGAAAUGACUAGUUCUGCAUACAGAGACACGUCUGACUCCGAUUCUAGAGGACUGAGUGAUCUGCAGGUAGGCUUCGGAAAACAAGUAGAUAGUCCUUCAGGUACUGCAGAUGCAGACAUGUCUGAUGCACAGUCCAUGGAUUCAAAUUUGUCCCGAAGAGCUGUUGGCAGUAGGAAGGACACCGUGUGUCAGAUCUGUGAAAGCCCUGGUGACUCUCUGACUCCAUGUGAGGGAGAAUGCUGCAGACACUUCCACUUGGAAUGCCUGGGGUUGACAUCACUUCCUGAUGGGAAGUUUAUCUGCACAGAGUGUAGCACUGGGGAACACCCAUGUUUUUCAUGUAAAGUAUCUGGUAAAGAAGUGAAGCGUUGUUCUGUUGGAACUUGUGGGAAAUUUUAUCAUGAAGCCUGUGUCCGCAAAUUUCCUACUGCCAUCUUUGAGUCUAAAGGAUUCCGUUGCCCCCAGCACUGCUGCUCUGCCUGUGCUAUGGAGAAAGACAUCUACAAAGCAAGUAAAGGACGCAUGAUGAGAUGCUUGCGGUGUCCAGUUGCCUAUCACUCUGGAGAUGCUUGCAUUGCUGCUGGAAGCGUAUCUGUGACCUCCUAUCUUCUCAUCUGUAGUAACCAUUCCAAACGGGGCAAUCAUUCUAGUGCCGCUAUAAAUGUAGGCUUUUGUUUUGUUUGUGCCAGAGGGCUGAUAGUUCAGGACCAUUCAGACCCCAUGUUCAGUUCAUAUGCCUAUAAGUCCCACUACCUUCUGAAUGAAUCAAAUCGUGCUGAGUUGAUGAAAUUACCUAUGAUUCCUUCUUCGUCAGCUUCCAAAAAGAAAUGUGAGAAAGGUGGAAGAUUGCUCUGCUGCGAAUCAUGCCCGGCUUCCUUCCACCCAGAAUGCCUAAGCAUAGACAUGCCAGAAGGCUGCUGGAAUUGCAAUGACUGUAAAGCUGGCAAGAAACUCCGUUACAAGCAGAUUGUUUGGGUCAAAUUGGGAAAUUACAGAUGGUGGCCAGCUGAGAUCUGCAAUCCCAGGUCUGUGCCACUGAACAUCCAGGGCCUUAAGCAUGACUUGGGGGACUUCCCUGUGUUCUUCUUUGGUUCUCAUGACUACUAUUGGGUACACCAAGGCAGAGUGUUCCCUUAUGUUGAAGGAGACAAAAAUUUUGCUGAGGGACAGACUAGUAUUAACAAGACCUUCAAAAAAGCACUGGAAGAAGCUGCCAAACGUUUCCAGGAACUGAAAGCACAAAGAGAAAGUAAAGAAGCAUUAGAGAUUGAGAAAAACUCAAGAAAACCUCCUCCCUACAAACACAUCAAAGCUAACAAAGUGAUAGGGAAGGUUCAGAUUCAGGUUGCUGACCUGUCAGAGAUCCCCCGCUGUAACUGCAAGCCUGCUGACGAGAACCCUUGUGGCUUAGAAUCUGAGUGUCUGAACAGAAUGUUGCAGUAUGAGUGCCAUCCGCAGGUGUGCCCCGCUGGAGAUCGAUGUCAGAACCAGUGCUUCACCAAGAGGCUGUACCCAGAUGCAGAGGUCAUCAAAACUGAGCGCAGAGGCUGGGGCCUCAGGACCAAAAGAAGCAUUAAGAAGGGCGAAUUUGUAAAUGAAUAUGUUGGUGAAUUAAUUGAUGAAGAAGAAUGUAGACUACGAAUCAAGAGAGCACACGAGAACAGUGUAACUAAUUUUUAUAUGUUAACUGUUACCAAGGACCGUAUAAUUGAUGCUGGACCAAAAGGGAAUUAUUCUCGUUUUAUGAACCACAGUUGUAAUCCAAACUGUGAGACUCAGAAGUGGACAGUGAAUGGAGACGUUCGAGUCGGGCUUUUUGCUCUUUGCGAUAUUCCUGCAGGGAUGGAGUUAACAUUUAAUUAUAACUUGGAUUGUCUGGGGAAUGGCAGAACGGCGUGUCACUGUGGAGCAGAUAACUGCAGUGGUUUUCUAGGAGUGCGGCCAAAGACGGCGUAUGUGUCAGCAGUUGAAGAGAAGGCAAAGAAUGCUAAGUUAAAGCAGAAGAGACGGAAAAUCAAAACAGAACCAAAGCAGAUGUAUGAAGAUUACUGUUUUCAGUGUGGUGAUAGUGGAGAGCUGGUUAUGUGUGACAAAAAAGACUGUCCCAAAGCGUACCACCUUCUAUGCCUUAACCUGACCCAGCCGCCCUAUGGGAAGUGGGAAUGCCCGUGGCAUCAGUGCAGCGAGUGCAGCCGUGCGGCCGUCUCCUUCUGCGAGUUCUGUCCACGCUCCUUCUGUGAAGAUCACAGCAAGGGGGCCCUGGCUCCGUCCGCCCUGGAAGGCCACCUCUGCUGCUCCCAGCAUGACCCCUUGUCGCCUGUGUCGCCUGAGUACUGGAGCAAGAUCAAGUGCAGAUGGGAAUCUCAAGAUUGUAAGGAAGCAGCAGGAGAAUAAAUGGAUGGGGAAAUGAGAAGAAGCAAGCAGACAAUGUGUUCAAAAAAGACUGUGCAGUACAGAUAGCCUUUGCCAUCAGAACUGCCUUAUUAACAAAAAUAGGAGACCAUUCCCACAGGCAGAAGUAGUUGGUGUGUCUGGUUUUUCUGUUUUGUUUCAUUGAUUAGAAGAUUCUUUGUGGAAGGUUAAGUUCCCUUGGUUUUUCCUUGCCUUUUAUUGCAGAGCGGGGCAAAGAAGUGUCUUUGAUUUUAAAAUAGAACAAAGAAAAAAGGAAAGUUUUGUUAAUGAGAUGGUUUAAAAUUCAAGAUGAGUUCCUUGGUUAUAGAAAGCAACAGUAGCCAUCAUUCCUUUAUUUAUUUUCAUUUUUACAAGUUUCAAGAGGUGUGUGUUUCAAAUGGUCUAAUCAGUGUGUGAGAGUGUGUGUGUGUGUGUGUGUGUGUGUGUGUGUGUGUGUGCAGUAAGGAAUUGGGGGAAAGCCCUCUAGAACAGGGUGUGACCACUCUCAGUACCCCUUUCCCCAGCAGGAGGUAGCUGCCUUCUUUCCUUCCACAUGUCUUUCGUAGUCUCAGAGGGAAGAGCUCUCUGCACGUAUUAAACCUGGCGUCUUGGAAAGCAGCGCCUCGCUACCUUUGUGGUCUUAACCUAGAUGGACUUCGUGAUAUGGUAUCUGUACCUAGCAAGACGGAUGGUUUUCUCUAGAAGGUGGGAAGACGUGAAUGUCACCAACUGGCGGUUGGCUUUUCUGGUCUGAUGUCACAUGCUCCUUCCUCCCGACACUGGACGAGGAUCUGAGCGGAGACGCAAGGCACGGACCAGAAGUUGGAUAAUAGAAGUACCACCUUUUUUUCCAAUUUAAUAUAGACCCAUUCAGACUCAGAAUUAAUGGCAUUUUGUAUUCUGUGUAUUUCCUUGUUCCAGUCAGACGUUUCCUUUGCCAGCUGACCAUUCAGACAUGUUCCUUGGCAGAGCUACUCAAGUGAAGUGGGGUUGAUUAGAAUGGAUCUUUUUGUGGGGUUUGAACAGGAAUGGCGGUGAAAUCAGUAGGGCCAUCCUCACAUUCUAUGUAAACCAUUUCUAUUUAGUAUUAUCUAAUACUUAAAAUUACCCCUGCUUUAUAAGGGGAAGAAGUUCUACUUUUACAGGGUAUAGAAAAGCUAUACAAACACUUCAGCUUAGCAAGCAUGUGGAGAAAGCUCCCAAGAAAGUCAGUGUUAGCUAAGAGUUGACUGUGAUGUUUAAAUCUUACUCAAGUAUACUGGGUGUUUGCCUACAAAACUCACCACAUUUAUUAGGAGUGUGUAUGUUCACGUAUUCCUCGUGUGAAAUCCUUAGUGAUGAUUGUUAUAACACCAUAUAAAUAGAAGUCCAGGGUUGGCCUGAGUGAUCACUCGCUCCUCUCUGUGAAUUUGAUUGCUUACAGAUCCUCGUACCUGGUAGCACUUCUUUCCCCUUGACUCGUACCUCGUUCCCUCGGAACUCCAGGAGCGCAGGUGCUCCCCACAUCCCUUCAGUUGUGUUGGUUCCAUUUUCUUAUCUAUUUAGAGCUCUUUCUGGAAAGAAAAAAAGAGCUAUUUGUGCCUCUCUUUUUUGUAUAAAAAUGUGCAAUUAUACUGGAUUUUUCUCUUGUAAAGAAUAAUAGCAACAACACUACAAUUCCUUUACGUAAGCUCCUAAACUGCCAUUUGCCUGAUUGCAGUAAUUAAUUCUGGGGAGACUUAUUUGGCCUCCAGUAAUUCUGUUGAUUAGAUAUGAUCUUAAAAGAAAGAACAAACUGGAAAAUGCUACACAUUACCAAAUCUAAUUGCUAAAAGUAAUGUGAAAUAAACAGCUCAUGAAAACACUAGACCUUGCUCUUAAGCAGUUACGUAGUUUGAUGUCCUUUUAAAAAAUAAUUUAAGAAAAUCUAGGUUUUAUUGUACUAAAGUCUUAUUUUAUAUAAAUAUAUGAUAAAAUAUGGUUUUUUAAACUUACUAACAAGAAUUUCCUUUAAUACACAUGCAGCUCUUGUUGAAACUAUCCAAAUGAAAUCGUAUCUUCUUGUUUUGUUUUCAGAUUAAUGCUAUUUAAUAUCUGAUGACUUUUAUAUAGUGAGCCCAGGUAUAUUCUGUACUGCAACUGCCUUCGGUUGGAGUGCUCGAACAUAGCUUCUGCACUGGGCCCACAUUUUGUUUUUAUAUGUGUAACAGCUCUGCUCUGCAGAGACUUUU